CCCCCUGGCGGGGAAAGGUGGUACCACUUCCCGCCGCGCGGGCAUGGAGGGGCUGAGUGGCGGCGCCGCCGGCCCGUCCGCGGGGGAGGAGGGCGAGGAGCGCGAGGGCUGCGCGGGGCUGUGGGAGCUGCCGGUGGAGCGCAGCGAGAGGCGGCCGGAAUGCAGCCGCUGCAGCCGCCCUCAGAAGGUGUGUUUGUGUCCGUUCCUGCCGAUACAUCCACUAAAAAUCUCCACCUGCUUGUAUAUAAUUCAGCAUCCUGCAGAGGAAAGUCGUGUAUUAAGGACAGCGCCAUUGCUAGCAGCUUGUCUACCUCCAGACAAAUGUAAAAUUUUGGUUGGUCGGCGUUUUAGUGAAGACAGGUAUCCUGAGCUAGCAGCUGUAUGCAGAAAUCCCAGUACUUUUAUUUUGUAUCCUGGAGCUGAAGCGACCAAUUUGGAAGAAGUCACUGUGAUGUCUUCUAGUCCACCAGUUAUGAUCAUCAUUGAUGGAACUUGGAGCCAGGCUAAAGAUAUAUUUUACAAAAAUUCUGUCUUCCGAUUUCCCAGGCAGGUGCAGUUAAAAACCAACAUUUCAAGUCAAUAUGUAAUUCGUACACAGCCAACAAACAACUGUCUCUCUACGCUUGAGUGUGCAGCUGUUGCUCUCGCUAUCAUGGAAAAAAAUAAGAAUAUACAAGAGACUAUACUACGUCCUCUUCAAGCUUUGUGCUCUUUCCAGCUUCAGCAUGGAGCCCAGAUCCAUCACAGCAAGGAGCAUCUUCUCAAAAAUGGCUUAUAUGACAAGCCAAUGCCAAAGAAUAAGCGCAAACUUAGAAGAAUGGAACUUUUGUUAAAUAAUGUAAAAAUAUAGGAAAAUGGUACGUACCACACAGUGGGAUGUAUUUGCAGCUAGCCAAUGAAUAUGGAUCUGAAUUUAAUCCACGGAGUUGUGCGUAGUGUAACAAAGCAACUUGGAGGCCCUUCAUAGUUAAAAAGAGUUUACCUCCAAUAAGAUGAACAGUAAUGGACAAGUUUUUUAUUCUUUUGUUCAGAUGAUUGAAGAUUAGCCUAAUUUCCUUAGGGAAAAAAAAAAAAAAAAAAAAAAAAA